AUGUUUUGUUCCAGAAUAGUUUGCUUUUAUUUGUCCAACACAGACAUCGAUGAAUGCGUAGAAGGUUUGGCCAAUGGGAUGCGUGUCUGUGUCGGGGAAGGAAUGCGCUGCAACAACACUCUUGGUUGGUACAACUGCACCUGCGAAGACGGCUUUAAACUGGCGGAAGACGGGAGUUGUGUGGACAUCGAUGAAUGCAUCCUCCCACGAAAUCCCUGCCGAAGCGGACAACAAUGCAGAAAUAUCAUCGGCUCGUACCAGUGCGUUCGGCAAGUUCCAUGUGGUUUUGGUUAUGUGCUUAACCCGAAAACGCAACAGUGUGAAGAUGUGAACGAGUGUAAAGCUGACCCAUAUAUCUGUGGCCCAGGGAUGAUCUGUAUCAACGUACGUGGUGGCCACAAAUGCGUGGAUCGACAGUGUCCAGGAAAGUCAAGACGCGACAAAUUCGGCAAUUGUGUCCCGUGUCCUGUCGGGUUCGUCUACAACACAUCCACUGGAACAUGUGAUGAUGUAAACGAAUGUGUGGAUGGGAGUCAAUGUAAGCCAUGGGAGCGAUGCGUCAAUAAGCUUGGUUACUUUGUCUGCGAACAGAAAAUCAAUUGUGAGCAUGGAACACGGAUUAGUGCCAACGGAACCCACUGUGAAGAUAUCGACGAUUGCAUGGAAAAGUUGUUCAACUGUGACAAAAAUGAAAUUUGUGCAAACACCGAUGGGUCGUACAUGUGCAUUCCAUCACCCUGUACGCCAACGCAAGUAUUCAACUACGAGACAAAAAUGUGUGUAUGUGAAGACGGCUGGAAGGAUGACAACGGAACGUGUGUUGAUAUCAACGAGUGCGUCGAGAAUCCACAGAUCUGUCCAGAUGAUCGGACAUGCGUCAAUCACGAUGGAGGGUACCGUUGUGUCAAAUUCGAUGAAUGUCCUCCAGGUUUCCAUCGACAUGUCCCGUUCGGCCCUUGUGUGGACAUUGACGAGUGUAAACAAGGAACGGCCGUUUGUGGUGAGAACAUGUAUUGCUUCAACACCGCUGGGUCCUACCAAUGCCUAUGUCAACGGGGUUACAAGAAUCUGAACUCGACAACAUGCGUUGAUGUGGAUGAAUGCUUGUUAUUUGGCUCCGACAGUGCUUGCCCUGACCCCCGAGCUCGUUGUGUCAACACAAACGGAAGUCACUUGUGCGCUUGUCCCGAUGGAUUUACGUGGGCUGAUUACCCAACCUCCAAGUGUGUCGAGUCGGUGUGCGGUGGGGCGGCCGAACAUAAUGUAAACUAUCGUUCUGAGAAAUUAUUCUUAUUUGAUCCAUUGACAUGGCGAUAG